AUGGCGGCGGCCUCCCAGAAUCUAUCUUCCGUCGUCAGUCCUCACCCUAAACGUCUCCCCGCCACGCGCAGGGGGGCGACGGUAGCUUCCGGCCCCUCCCGCUUCUGUGCUUUCUCCGUCGGCGCUCCGUUUGAAGCUCGCCUCGUCCGCCGAAGGCGGCGGCCACAACUCGCCGCGGACCGUCGGUUCCAGCUUCUCGUGACGUUCGCAGUGCCGCAGGACUCGGUGAGGCCUCCCUUCCCGUUCCAUCCCUCUGUCGCGGUUUCAUGGUGCCCGUGCUAGGUUUUGCAUUGGAGGAAACAUGCGAAUUUCCUCAUUCAUGUCUCGCUUCGUCUUUGCCGUUCGUCAGAAGAGUAUUGGGUUGUCGGGAACAUGUGAAGCCAUGGAUGUUGCAUUGGAUCUCGGUGUUGUUCCACGGCGUUCGAGUUUGAACCCCCACCUUGCCAGUGCCAUUGGAACCUCCUCUCUAGUUUUGGAACCCAGAAUUGACAUAAAACUGUAAAGCUUGUAGAAGCGACAGCAUAGAUUGUAGAUGAUUGCCAUUAAGGGGAUGCAUGUUGAUGUCAAACUCCCCUGUAUAUUGGUCAGAUGGAUGACGAUGGUAGGCGCAUUAUGCAUAGAGGGCAUAAAACAAGCUGACACAAUGACAUGCGUUGGAGCAAAACAGGGCAAAUAGCUAUAAAUAGUUGUUUUGAAUGAAAAAUUUCUGAUGAUAUGGGCAAUUUUUUCUCUGUUCCUUCUCCUGUAACAUAUGGCUUCAUGGUAUCCUCUGAGCUUGUCCUGCUGCCUCAGAUUUUCAUGAAGGUGUUUAUUAUUAAUCCCUUAUUUCAUUAUGCCUCUUCAAGAUCAUCGACAUUUUAUGUGUGCAUCUGUGUAUUUUUUUUUAUUUUUUUUUGGGGGGGGGGGGUGGUGGGGAUGGGAGGUUGUGUUAGUUUAAGAAGUGGUGAUAAAAAUGGUGCACGUAAAUGUUUACUUUAUAAUUCAGAGAAGAGUAAACAAAUAUAAUGCUCUUUACAAAAUUCUGGGAAGAUUAUUAAUCCUCACUGCUUCUUUUAGUUUUCUCUGGCAGACUUUGACUUUCAUGUCAUUGUUUAUCAGGCAAACGACGAAAUCGGUGGGGAAAAUGGAGCGGAUGAACUUGGGAAGAAAGCCAAGGAAUCUCUAGAAGCAUGGAAAGAACUGCUAGAAUCUUUCAAGGAAGAAGCAACAAAAAUGCGAAGUGUCUCGCAGGAAGCAUAUGAUAUUUACUCACAAAAAGCGCUGGUAAUCUUGAAAGAAGCCUCCGAGAAUAUGAAGAUUCAAUCUGAUCAAGCAAGAGACGACUUGAGUAAGCUUGCAGAUGUCAUUAGUCAAGAGGGAAAGCAAUAUCUUUCCACUGCUGCUAGGAAUUCUCCUGAAUCCGUGAAGGAUAUUGUGGAGACGUUUGCAUCUUCACCUGAUGAGUUGAAAGAUGUAUCUGAUGUUCGUGAUUUUUAUCUUGGAAUUCCCUACGGUAUGCAUCAAGUUUAUAUAUAUUUUGUGACAUUUGGUGUCUAGCGUAGUUUAUUUGCUUUUGCUUCAACAGAUACUGCCACUGUUACCCUAAUCACCAGAGGAUGUCUGCUUGUACCUCGGUUUGAAGCCCUACAGGCAUCACUAAAUCGAUUUAAUUACGCAUUCUGCAGGCGCCCUUCUUGCUGUUGGGGGCUUUCUCCAUUUUAUGCUGACUGGAAGUCUUUCUGGAGUUCGGUUUGGUAUUAUUUUAGGCGGUGCUCUCUUAGUUUUUGGCGUUUUGAGUUUGAGAGCUUGGAGAAGUGGUCAACCAUCGACCCUUUUCUUGAAAGGCCAAGCUGGUUAGUUAUUUUUCUUACCUCAUUGAUUUUUGCUGCUAAAACAUGAAUAUUUCCAAAAUUACCAAGGUUCCUCUUGUUGACCUAUUGAAACAUUUUCUCUGCGGUUCAAAUUAUGGAGUUCAUUUCACACGUCUUUAGGUGCUCAUGGAAUCUGGUUUAUAAGUUGUCUUAUCUUAUUCCAUCGUCAGCAAUGAAGUGUGCAUUCGAACUUACCUUCAGUUCAGCUCUUAUUGGGACUUUCUUUUAUUUUUCCCUGAGUUCUACACUGUCCAGAAAGAAAUUUUCUAUGAAUUUUUAGCUGCUCAAGCUUCUUGACAUAUGUUGAACAGUUCGUUUUUCUCAAAUCCCUUUGGUCUCCACUGGACUAUUUUUAUUGUUCUUAUGGUUACUGUCCACUAAUCUUUUUUCUUUCUUUUUACUUUGAGCCAUUGACAACCUCUUUUUAGUAUCUUUGCCCAAUUGAAACUACACCUUAAAUAGAACUUAAAAGGGGAGGACUGUUGCUGCAGACUACAGCAUGCUUGGACAUGGAAGUAUCAAAUCAUUAUCGCAAUGGGCUUAGAAAAAGUUCAUGAUUUUGUUGCCUAUGCCUGGUGGCGAUUGUGAGAACUAAUAGGAGGUAUUAAGUUAUGCUUGGGAGUAAAAUCUGAAUGUUAGCCAUCACAGCUCUUCUAGUGUGAAAGUUAGCCUUUUGACUUUCGCGUCAGCACCUAAAAUAAAAGUUAACCUUUUUAUGUGUGCAUUAUAUUUAAAUGGGGUAACUUAUUUAGAGGGGAAGUACUGGCAUUCUUUUUAGCUGAAUUUUGGAAUGCAAAUUGUUCAUUUGUCCCGCCUCUGGAAUUCCACCACCUCACAAAGCUUUGAUGAUACAGCAAUCGCGGGAAUAAUCUUUAUCAGGGAGUGGAAUUUGAUUUUCAAGGUAAGAAUCUAUCGAUAUUUGGAGAAAUCUUCAGUUUGAGAACAUCUUUAUGUGUUUCUUGACGUUGUUCCCUCCCAAACGACUGAUCCAGUUUCUUUCCCUGCAGAGGGUUUCGUUCCCUUCUUUUUUGGCGACUAUCAUCAGGUUAAUCUCCCUCUGAUCCUAGUAACCCACCCAUCUUGCAUUUGGUAUGCAUUGCAUUUAGAAGGAUCCACCCAUUUCUAGACAUACAUAAAAAGCAUAAUUCUGUUGGGUUCUGCUUCUGUGAUGUCUCCCCUUGAUCUCUUUAUCAUAUUUACCCAUUUAAUUGCAACAGGUAUGCACUUCUUUUGCUGCUGUGAUUUAUCAUCUCCUAGUUACAAAAAAAACAUUUACUUCGUUUAGAUUUUCUGCUUUGAUUUCUGCCCCUGAUUUCAUGUUCUCAGUGACCCAUUUAGUCCCUUUUUGUGUGUGCUUCUUUUAGAAGGACCCAGGACCCAACGUGUUCUUGAAAUCACCGUCCCCAAGACAGAAAAGUCAUAAUUCAUGAUUGUGGCUAAAGUCAUGGAGGAAUUCAUCCCCUUUCCCCCCGCCCCUUCUUAAACAGUCCAAUUACUUGAUCUUUGGUCGAGGGGCACUGGAUAAAAUGGUGUUGUCACUGACCUUCCCUGGUUUGAGAGCUGGAUUGCCAGAACUUUGUUUGAGGAAAGAAAUGAAUGCCAGAAAUGACCCACAUCAUACCAAUCAAAGGAAAAAUCAAGAAAAAUGAAACGCUGGAUAUUUCUAAUGUUAUCUUGUCUAGUGGUUGCCAGAACUUUGUUUGACGAAAGAAAUGAAUGUCAGAAAUGACCCACAUCGUACCAAUCAAAAGAAAAAUGAAACACCUGAUAGUUCUAAUGUUAUCUAGUGAUUGUCAGAACUUUGUUUGAGGAAAGAAAUGAAUGCCAGAAAUGGCCCACAUCAUACCAACCAAAAGAAAAAUGGAAAAAAAUGAAACGCUAGAUAUUAUCUGAAACUAAUGUUAUCUAGUGGUCGUCGCCUUGUCUGAAUUGGGACAAACCUUUUUCCCUCCUCUCUCUAAAUCAGACAAAUUUGAUCUUUGAAGGCUCUGUUGCCAGAUUUGGAUCCUUGAUUCAGCAUACAACCAUCCCAAUUUUCAUUGGAAUGGGCAAUGAUGAUCAUGAUGAUUGUGAAUGGGCGAAUGAACCUUUCAAAGCUUCACUCUCAUCAAGAUUACUCCCACUGACAGGGAAUUAUCAUCACAUAACUUGUGCUUCAUUUCCCUACUUAUGUGGGUGUGAUCACAAGCUGAUAUGCUCUAGACAUCUACCAAUGCUCGCCCUUUUUUCAUUUUUCUUUUCCAUUUUAAGCCAUUUUUUUGAUGUUCUAACGAGUUAUUGUCCCAUAACAGUGGGGCUAUGCUAGCUUUCUUUGUCUACAGGAUCCUGAUAGACGGCCAGAACAGAGAUCAAAGCCUGAAGAAAGCCGCCCCGGAGAACUAA